AUGAUCUCUGAAACUGGGAGCGACAGCGUGAAGGCCGAUCAUCACCACCUCCACCACCGAGUACUGAGCUUCUCCCGGGACUCCUCCUCCUCCUCUUCUUCCUCCUCCUCCCCGCUGUCCUCGCCUCCUCCCCGGGCAGAGCCUCGGAGCAGCAGCGGCAGCAGCGGCAGCAUCCUCCAGGAGGACAGCGGCAGCUUCCAGCCGCUGGUGGCCGCCGCCCGCGUCAUGACAUCGGGGGAGUUUAGCGGGAGCGCGCCGCUGCUCGCGCACAGAUCCACGCGCAGCCUGCUGUAUAAGAGCCUGUGCUUCCUGCUGCUGGUGUUUCAAGGGGGGGUCCUGGACUUCUACCUCAUCAUCUUCACCGAUCUCUACUGGUGCUCCUGGAUCGCCACGGACCUGGUGGUGGUCUCCGGAUGGGGCAUCUUCUUCAUGAAGAACGCGCGCAGUAAGCGGGAGCGCGCAUGCGGAUUCCACCAGAAGAGCUCCAUCUUCGGCUGCAACCUGGGAGAGUUCACCUACGCCUACCUGGCCUGGCUCAUAUACGUCAUCGCGUACACGCCGAAGGUGGUGCUGGUGCUUGAGACUUCCAUCGUGGAGCUGAUCGGGCUCAAGGUGCCAUGUGGGCUCACUGGCUUUAAGGUGAUCGUGCUGCUGUCGGCGCCGCUCCUCUUCUGCCUCUGUAACUCCAUCAUUGAGGACCUGAACGGCGCCACUCGUCACCACGCCCACAGCUGCUUCCUGAGCACGUGCCUGGACCUGCUGGACAGCUUCACGCUGCUGGAGCUGCUGCUGCGCGGCGAGAUCCCCACGGUCUACCUGAAGUACACGGUGCUGUCCGUCUAUUUCGUGGCCCUCGCCAUGCCGGUGGUCUGGCUCUACGAGCUCACCGCCUCCGAGCUGCGCUGCCGUUGGCUGUGCGCACGUUUCCUCACCUGUCUGCUGGUAAACGCCCCCCUGUUGGUCGUACGCUGCUUCCAGGUGUACGUGUACAAGGCGCCGGUGUCCGUAUUCAUGCUGAAGAACAUCUUCCUGCUCGCCUGUGGCCUGUUGGAGCUCGUGGAGCAGUGCGUGGCAGUGCGGGGGGUGAGGAAGCUGGCGGGCAGCAGCAACACCGCGCAGUUCUCCCACUGUGUCUCUGAGAACGACAUGUGUCCACACGGAUACGUCAACACGCUGGCUGUGACACAGUCCUAGAGCCCAGACUGGGUCUGGACCAGGUUUGGACCAAGUCUGGACCAUUUUAAAAACAAUGGAGUGGAUCAGUGCAUAAAUUCAGACUAAAACAGAAACCUAAAACCAUCUGAGCGUCUCGGAUUACAAUCAGAAUUUCUGUCGCACCAGAUUCUCCUCUCAUGGAAAUCCUUAAAAAUGUCGCUCUUACAGGUCAAACUUACAGGGUCAACUAUCAAAAACAGAUCAUUUCAGACAGCUGAGAUCGUUCCUUCCACCUCAU